UACAUCCAACACGAAUUCAAAGUGAGACAGAUAGAUGGAAAAGGAUUCGGUGCGAAGAAGGAUCACAAGAUUUAGAUAAAAUAUGUGAACAAGUAUUCCUUGAUAAUAGCAAGGAAGCCACAUCAGCCAUUAUUGAAACAAUGUUAGAAUUAAAAUGUUGUGCAAGAUGUAUAUUAAGAUAUUUAAAUGUAUUAGAUUAUGAUUUUUAUUUUGCAUCUGAAGAGACAUUAUUUAAUUUUAUUAAUAGAAUUCAAAAAGAAACAAUAAAAUCAAUUAAUACAAGGAUUAUUAAAUCUACAGAACAAUCUGAACAAUCUUUAAUAUUUUCAGAUACAACAUCCAAUAAUAAUAAUAAACCUAUAUGUGUUACUUGUUUGGAUCUUCUUUAUCAAGUAGAUACAUAUGAAUGUAUUUGGCCAAUAUAUCAAAGUAUUUUAGCACAUAAUUUUGAUGUUAAAGAUUUUAAUUUAUCAGUUUCCUUACCAUCAGGAAUUUUUGUAAAUAAUCAUUCAAUGUUGGUUUGGAUUAGAAAAACUUUUAAGGAUUUAAAAAUUGAAGAAGGAACAUUAAAAAAUCUAAUAGAUUUAAUAGAUUUAAAAGAAGUUUUUAAAUAUUUAUUGGGAAAAUCUAUAGAAAAGAAAACAGGAAUGAAAUAUAUCAAUCAUAGUGAAUUUAAUAUAUCUAUAGAAUUUAGUCAUUUUGAUACACAACAAAAUCAUAUGCUUUUGACAAGAAUUCCAUCAGCAAAUUUUGAAUUAAAAAAAACUAAAGUAAAGGGAAAAUCCGUUUGGGUAGGAGAUUCACGAUCAAAUAUUAUUAAUGCUUUGUCAAAGGUAUCAGAUGAUGAUUUUUUAAGAAUAUGCAAUUAUUGUCCACCACCUGUUAUUAGAGAAAGAUGGGAAAUUAAACCUCCAAUAUUAGAGCAUGAAGCAGUUUACGUUGGAGCUCCAACAUCAGUUUCUGAAUGUAUUGGAGAGAUAUUAAGAGAGAAAUUUAUGUGUGAUGAUUAUAUUUUUGUUCCAGCAGGUAGAGAAGAUGUUAAUGUACGUAUGUUAGGUACGGGAAGACCAUUUUUUAUUGAAAUAAUUAAUCCAAGAAAGCCAUAUAUAUUCCAAGAAAUUUUAAAUGAUGCACGAGAAGAAAUUAAUAAAAGAUAUAAAGAUUUAGUUCGAUGUGAAAGGUUGAAAAUGAUUGAUGAAAAGGAUUUAUCGAUAAUUAAAGAAGGAGAAGAAAAUAAAACCAAAACAUAUAGUGCAUUAGUUUGGAUUUCUAAAAAAGUCACACCUGAAAUAAUUGAAAAAAUUAAUAAACAUAAAGACGGAUUUAUUCUCGAGCAACAAACUCCAAUUCGUGUACUACAAAGACGUUCUUCAAUGAUAAGACUUAAAAAAAUUCAUUCUAUUUUUGCUGAAGAAAUGAAAGAAAAUGAUCAAAUUAUAAUUUUAAAAUUAAAAACUGAAGCUGGAACAUAUAUUAAAGAAUUUAUUCAUGGUGAUUUAGGUAGAACUAAACCAAGUUUAAAUGAUAUGAUCAAUUGUACCUCUGAUAUACUUGCUUUAGAUGUAUUAGAAGUGGAUUUAGAAUGGCCUAUCGAAUAA